GCUGUGCUGUUGCUGUGGGUGUGUGGGUUGGUGGGUGGGAUUUCGCUCACGCUGCGGCGGACUGGACCGAGCAACAGUCAGAAAACAAGUUUGGUGCUACAAGAUUUCAGACAUGGAGUCGCUGAAGAAAAGUCACCGCUCGUUGUUGUGGUGUGUCUUCGUGCUGUGUGUUCAGCUGCCUUUGACGGGAGGCUGCCCUGCAGAUGGACGAACCUGGCUGCCCUUUAAGGACAGAUGUUACCACUUUGUCCAUGGAGACGAAGACAAAAUCAAAAGCUACAGCUUCGAAGAUGCAAAAACUCACUGCAAAGGCUUUGAACUUUUGACGAUCCAGAGCGGGGAGGAGAAUAAAUUUGUCAUCGACUAUAGCUCUGAAGUGUGGAAAAACAGCCCGCCGGUCAUCGUGUGGCUUGGAAUGUAUUACGACUCAAACACUCAAAACAUGACGUGGCUUCACGACUACGCGAUGAAUUUCUCUAACUGGGAGGACGGCUCUUUGAUGUCAGACCUCGCAGCCAUGGAUAAAUGUGCAGCUCUGCACACAAACACAGGAAAGUGGGAAAUUGUCAGUUGCAGUGAUGACCUGGAGAAUGGGGUAAUCUGUGAAGCCGCCCAGGAUAAAGAGAAAGCCAAGCGGAAACCUAGCGCAGUGCUCUCUGCCCUCGUCAUUCUCAGCGUGGUGGCUAUCGUGGGAGUCUCAGCUGUUGUUUGGUUUCUGCACCAGAAGCACAACUUUGGCUCCGGCAUCGUCACGGCAUUCGAGUACCACCCUCCUUUCCGAGUCCCUGACACAGACCAGUCGUGCCUGGUGGAGGCUGAGGAGACUGAUAGCACACCAUAGGAGAACGUUCUCUCUCUUCCUUCAUAAGAAACACCAAACCCUUCCCCAUGGGUGGCUCUUUUUUUUUUGUUUUGUUUUUUUCUUCCCAUUCAAUGAGAAGUCCACUCUUAAAAUUGUUACUUAAGCAGUUUGGGAUUAAAGCACGUUAAUGGCAUGACUCAGAAUAAUGUGUGUUUGGGAGAAAUGUGAUGCUAAGCGUUUCUCUUUUACAUCUACAUGCUUUUUAGUCACCUGCACUAACAA